CAAACCCCUGGACUGGGCGGCACAAAUCUUGGGUCCACUCAGGCUUAAGAAACUCCAGUCAGUCAGCAUGCGAAAAGUACAGGAGAGGCUUAGGAAACAGGGCAAAACUACUUAACUCUGACAUCUGCUCAGUAUAGGGGUGAGUGGGGGGAUUCCCAGGAACCCGGGAGCUCCCCUCACCUUGGCUGAACCUACUGCGAGACAGGGCCCCCUAUACCUACCUUGAGCACCGAUCCUGUAAGGCUAUUCCACCAAGCCCCUACCUCUAACACCAGCAGGGGUGGCCUUCAGAGCCCACCUCUCCCCUGAGGAAGGCUUUGGGGCAGACAAAGUGCCUCUCCUCUGCACCAUCCGCACCCAGGAAAGCUGCUGUGGAGACUAGCUGCCCAGCACGAGAGGGUUAAAGGAGCCGGAGCGUGGGGCUGGGCCAGCUGAGAGCUGCCAGCUACAGGCAGUGGGGAAAUCCACAGGGCAGCAGCCUGUACUGUAGACAGCCCUUGCUCACUGCCUGCCUGCAGCCAGCUCUGUACAAGGAACAAUGGCCCUGAGGACAGGAAGCCCAGCCUUGGUGGUGCUUCUGGCUUUCUGGGUGGCACUGGGCCCCUGUUACCUGCAGGGGACAGAUCCUGGAGCAUCAGCAGAUGCCGAGGGCCCCCAGUGCCCUGUCACCUGUACCUGCAGCUAUGAUGACUACACAGAUGAGCUCAGCGUCUUUUGCAGUUCAAGGAACCUCACGCAGCUACCUGAUGGCAUCCCAGUCAGCACCAGGGCCCUGUGGCUCGAUGGCAACAACCUCUCCUCCAUCCCCUCAGCGGCCUUCCAGAACCUGUCCAGCCUGGACUUUCUCAACCUGCAGGGCAGCUGGUUGAAGAGCCUGGAGCCACAGGCACUGCUGGGCCUGCAGAACCUCUACCAUCUGCACCUGGAACGGAACCUGCUCCGGAGCCUAGAGGCCGGCUUGUUCAUACACACACCAAGUCUGGCUUCACUCAGCCUGGGUAACAACCUCCUGGGCCGGCUGGAAGAAGGGCUGUUCCAGGGCCUCAGUCACCUUUGGGACCUCAACCUGGGUUGGAACAGCCUAGUGGUCCUGCCUGACACAGUGUUCCAGGGCCUGGGUAACCUCCAUGAGCUGGUGCUGGCUGGCAACAAACUGACUUACCUGCAGCCUGCGCUCUUUUGUGGCUUGGGUGAGCUGCGGGAACUGGAUCUGAGCAGGAAUGCACUCCGCAGCAUCAAAGCUAAUGUCUUUAUCCAUCUGCCCAGGCUCCAGAAGCUCUACCUGGACCGAAACCUCAUUACAGCUGUCGCCCCCCGCGCCUUCCUGGGCAUGAAGGCACUGCGUUGGCUAGACCUGUCACACAACCGUGUGGCUGGCCUCCUGGAGGACACCUUCCCAGGCCUGCUGGGUCUGCAUGUCCUGCGCCUGGCACACAAUGCCAUCACUAGCUUGCGACCGCGUACUUUCAAAGACCUACACUUCCUGGAGGAACUGCAGCUUAGCCACAAUCGUAUUAGGCAGCUAGGUGAGAAGACGUUUGAGGGCCUGGGGCAGCUGGAGGUCCUGACGCUCAAUGACAAUCAGAUCCAUGAGAUCAAGGUGGGAGCCUUCUUCGGCCUUUUCAAUGUGGCUGUUAUGAAUCUGUCUGGCAACUGUCUGAGGAGCCUCCCAGAGCGGGUGUUCCAGGGUCUGGGCAAGCUGCACAGCCUGCACCUGGAGCACAGCUGCCUGGGCCACAUCCGCCUGCAUACGUUCGCUGGCCUCUCAGGGCUGCGCAGGCUCUUCCUCAGGGACAAUGGCAUCUCCAGCAUCGAGGAACAGAGCCUGGCAGGGCUCUCCGAGCUCCUGGAGCUCGAUCUCACUGCCAACCAGCUCACGCAUCUGCCCCGCCAGCUUUUCCAGGGUCUUGGCCAGCUGGAGUAUCUGCUUCUCUCCUACAACCAACUGACAGUGUUACCUGAGGAUGUCCUGGGCCCUCUGCAGCGGGCCUUCUGGUUAGACGUCUCACACAACCGCCUGGAGACACUGGCUGAAGGCCUUUUCUCAUCUCUGGGGCGGCUUCGCUACCUUAGCCUCAGGAAUAACUCCUUGCAGACCUUUUCGCCACAGCCCGGCUUGGAGCGUCUGUGGCUUGAUGCCAACCCCUGGAACUGCAGCUGUCCCCUCAAGGCACUGCGUGAUUUUGCCCUACAGAACCCUGGUGUUGUCCCCCGCUUUGUUCAGACUGUCUGUGAGGGAGACGACUGCCAGCCAGUGUACACCUACAAUAACAUCACAUGUGCCAGCCCCGCCAACGUCUCAGGCCUCGACCUACGGGACAUUGGUGAAACACAUUUUAUGCACUGCUGACCCUGGCUACUUACUGGCCUGAUCUGGCCGAACACUGCCUUAUGGCCAGGACGGUGUCUCAUUGGUACCAGAAUAAGCUGGCUCUCAGAUACCUACCCAUCCUAGGGGACAGGUCCUGGCUGCUCACUUCCUGGAAGCAGGGCAGUACUGGAAGCUAUGUGGUCUAAAAAGGGUGGGCACAGGCCAAGUGCCCAUGGAGGGGAGGCGCUCGGCAGCGCUCCCUGCUGGCAUCAAUUAAAAACAAAUACGAAGCAUA